AGAACAGGAGGAUUUGCGGACAGGAAACUCAAACCAAACUUCAUAUUGAGAUCUGACUCAAUUCCUCAGGACUGGAAUAUCAUCGACCUUUGAAUGUGGAAGGAGAAAUGUCUGUUCUGUCUGUGGUAAAAGAUUUCAAACAUCGUUGUGACUGGAAAAGCACCGAGACACACACACACAAUUGAGUGAGAGUGUUCCAGUGAACUGACUGUGGAAAGGGCUUUAACCAGUUACACAAUCUGAAAAAACAUCACACGAUUCACAGCGGGGAGAAACUGUACACGUGUUCUGUGUGUGGAUGAGGCUUCAACUGAUCAUCCAACCUGGAGAGACCCAGGGACACCUGCAGCAUGGAGAAACCAUGGAAAUGUGGGGACUGUGGGAAGAGAUUCAGUUGUCCAUCCCACCUAGAAACUCAUCGACGCACUCACACUGGGGAGAGACCGUUCAUCUGCUCCGUGUGUGGGAAGGGAUUUACUCAGCCAUCCAGCCUCAUGUCACACCAGCGAAUUCACACUGAGGAGAAACCUUUUAAAUGUUCUGACUGUGGAAGAAGCUUUAGGAGCUCCGGCUGUUUAAUUCAACAUCAGGGACUUCACACAGGGGAGAGACCGUUCACCUGCUCCGAGUGUGAGAAGAGACUUGCGUCUUCAUCUCACCUCACAAAGCACCUACGUGUGCACACGGGGGAGAGGCCAUUCACCUGUCCUGAGUGUGGGAAGAGAUUCAGGUGUUCAUCCAACUUCACUGAACACCUACGUGUGCACACGGGGGAGAGGCCGUUCACCUGCUCUGAGUGUGGGAAGGGAUUCACUUGUUCAUCCCACCUUGCUGAACACAAGCGAGUUCACACUGGAGAGAAACCAUUUGUCUGCUCCAUGUGUGGGAAGGGAUUCACUACGUCAUCCCAGCAUCUGACCCACCAGCAGGUUCACACUGAGGAGAGACCAUUCACCUGCUCCACGUGUGGGAAGAAUUCUGGAAUGGCAACAAUGGAUUGGAUGGUGGAAAAUGUAAUCCCAGUAUUCAAGAAAAGCAGGAGAGAGGAUACGGGGAAACACAAGCCAUUUAGCUGGACAUCAGUCAUCAAGAAAGCACUGGAAUCUAUUAUGAAGGAAGUGGUAACAUUGCACUUAGAAAAGGACAAUUUAAUUAGACAAAGUGAACAUGGUUUGAUGAAAGGGGAACCGUGUUUGAUAAAGCUGAUAGAAUUUGUUGAGGAUGUAACUCGCCGGUUAGAUAAAGCGGAACCAGGGAAUAUAGCAUGA